AUGGAACAAAAUAUUAAGUCAUUAUAUUUUAUUAAAAGUGGAGUGUUAAUCCUUUUAACUUGGUUAUAUUAUUUCUGCAAUGAAGAGUGUACUUUUAAUAUUUCAAAGAGAGAGCAUAAGUAUUAUGUGAAAUUAGAUAUAAAAAAUGUUCGAUUGCUAGAAGAAUGUGAAGGAAAAAAUGACUCAAAUUUUAUAGAAUCAAAAGAAGAGAUAACUAACGAUGAAGAGUACGAUAAAAAGGUUACAACCAACAAAAGAAAGGGGAUUAAAAAAACAAACAUACAAUCAGAGAGAAGUUCAUUAUAUAAAAAAGAAUUUGAUAAGCAAUAUAAGAAACAAAAAAAAUUAAUAUAUAGAGGAAAAAAAUUAUCUCACUUUGAAAGAAAUUUUUUCAAGAAACUUGAUUACAUAGAUUUUAUUAAAAAAAAGCCGUCGAUUAGCAAUAAGACAUACCAAAAGUUUGUAUGUAAAAAGAUUGGACACAAAAUUUUUUUACCUACUUUAGUAAUAUCGUGGGUAUUAUUAGUAUCAUUAGGAGCUAUAAAUUAUGGUUUUUUUAUAAAAGAAAUGAAAUCACAGGUUGAUUUCAUACAAUUUCUUGUAUUAUUGGGUAUAUCAAUUGUUAUAUUAAUGUUAUGGUCUGUUUUUACUUAUAUGAAGUUUAGAAAAUAUAAAAGAAUUAUGAAAAGGAAAUGUUAG